AUGCCAACGAAGAUAUUCAGCGACAACGCCACCAAUUUCGUCGGCGCCGACCGCAAGCUGCGCGAAUUGAAGGAGGCGUUCCUAGCAAUGGGUCCAGACCUGAAGAGAUUCGCAGCAGACGAAGGGUGCAGCUUCAUCUUUAUACCACCGCGGGCGCCGCACUUCGGCGGGUUAUGGGAAGCCGCGGUGAAGUCCGCCAAGCAUCACGUCGUUCGCGUAAUCGGCAACGCGAUGCUGACCGCAGAGGAACUGUCAACUCAACUGGCAGAAGUGGAGGCCAUCCUCAAUUCUCGGCCCCUAACACCGCUGAGCUAG